GCCUCCUUCUCUCUGAGGGUAAGAGCCGGGUUGUUGUUGUUGUUGCUGCUGUGACUCUUGUUUGGGUCCCAGAGGAGAGAGGGUCCAUGGAGGGCGCCGCUGGUGAAGGAGGAGGCGGAGGCGGAGAGGAGCCUGAGGCGCUGAGCUGCUUCUCCUACAACCAGGACUGCACUUCCCUGGCCAUUGGAACCACAACUGGAUACAGACUUUUUUCCUUGAGUUCUGUGGAGCAACUGGAUCAGGUCCAUGAAAGCAAUGAAAUCCCAGACGUUUACAUUGUAGAGCGCCUCUUCUCCAGCAGUCUGGUGGUUGUGGUGAGCCGCACAAAGCCACGACAGAUGAAUGUUUACCAUUUCAAGAAAGGAACUGAGAUUUGUAACUACAGUUACUCUAGCAAUAUCCUCUCCAUCCGGCUCAAUCGGCAGAGGCUAAUUGUCUGCUUGGAGGAAUCUAUUUAUAUUCAUAACAUUAAGGACAUGAAGCUUCUGAAAACAAUCCUGGAAACCCCUCCAAACCCAACAGGUUUGUGUGCACUUUCUAUUAACCAUUCCAAUUCCUACUUGGCAUACCCUGGUAGCGUGACUGUCGGCGAGAUUGUGUUGUAUGACGGAAACAAUUUGAGAGAUGUUUGCUCCAUCUCUGCUCAUGAUGGGCCUCUUGCUGCCUUGGCCUUCAACUCCACAGGGUCAAAGCUAGCAAGUGCUUCAGAAAAGGGAACUGUCAUACGUGUGUUUUCUAUCCCCGAAGGACAAAAACUCUAUGAAUUCAGAAGAGGAAUGAAAAGGUAUGUGAACAUAAGUUCUCUGGUGUUCAGUAUGGACUCACAGUUCUUGUGUGCAUCGAGCAACACUGAGACAGUGCAUGUCUUUAAGCUGGAACAUCUCACUGACAGCCGACCAGAGGAACCCCCUUCCUGGAGUGGCUACAUGGGCAAGAUGUUUAUGGCUGCCACCAACUACCUCCCUUCUCAAGUGUCGGGCAUGAUGAGCCAAGAUCGGGCCUUUGCCACAGUGCGCUUGAACAUCUCUGGACAAAGGAACAUCUGUGUGCUCUCCACGAUCCAGAAACUUCCUCGGCUCUUAGUUACAACAUCUGAUGGACACCUUUACCUCUACAAUCUGGACCCCCAAGAUGGAGGAGAGUGUGUUUUAAUGAAGAAACAUAGCUUGCUUGACUCAGGAAAGACAGAAGAGAACAAAGAAAAUGAUCUCCGGCCUCCAGCACCUCAGACUUAUGCUGCAACAGUGGCCAAACAGAGUUCAGUGCCUUUGCCCUCUAUGAUGCCAGGCUAUUCAGAAGAUGGAGGAGCCCUUCGAGGAGAGAUUAUUCCUGAGCAUGAAUUUGCCACUGGACCAGUUUGUCUAGAUGAUGAAAAUGAAUUUCCACCUAUAAUCUUGUGCCGUGGAAGCCAGACGAACAAAGCGAAGAGGUCAUGAGGAGUGGCAAGCAGCAGCACAGAGCAGCGGAUGGGAGGUAGUUUGGAAAACAAAAUUGGGGGGGGUGUGUGGAAGAACCCACAUAAUGAAGGAAAAACCAGAGGUGCUCCAGUGCAUUUUAACACAUUAUGUUUGUUCCUAGCCAACCCUGUCUGGCCACUUGUGUAUAUACUUACAGUGCUAUGUGGGUUUGGUAUCAAUGUACUGUACAUGCACAUUGCUCUCUAUUUGAGAACCACAAUGUAAAUGUUAACCUGAAUUUUAUACACACCUGCCCUUUUCUAAUUUAUGCCAUGUAUAAAUGUACUUAUAGAAGAAUCCGAUCUGUGUCUUUGUACAGUAUAUGCAUCAUAUUUUACCCAUGCAGAAUAUUUUUGCAGUGACCUAUUAGGAAAAGAAGAGAACCCCAACUUACUGUGUUGGUGCUUUGCUGGAAUACCUGUCAAUAAAGGCAUUCGUGGUGUCAGCA